CGUAACUGAGGAGGUGCUCUCUCUCUCUCUCUCUCUCCCUGGAAUAAAAAAAGACAAAGUAAAAGACGACCGAGGACAGAAAUACUCAAGAUCCAUUCGGCGACACAUAACCUUAACUUGAACUCCCCCCCUCUCCGUGGUGCAGGGGCUUUCGGAUAGACUAUCCGAGGCGACAGACUUGAACUGUUGGAAGUUGGGAUCCGAGCACAGCGGAAAACACACAGCUGAGCCUGAGCUACAACCACUAGCCUCACUGAGCUAACUGUGAGCUGUGAACUUGCUUUUCCAAUCACGGGGCUUUGAAAAUCCAGUCCACACAAAGCUCAGGCUCCGUGAGAAAUCCAGAAGGACUUUGCUUAAUGAAUUAUGUCUGCCACAAGCAUUGACCCUCAGAGAUCAAAGGGACAAGCAUCUAAAGUGCAAAAUGGUUCACUGCAUCAGAAGGAGACUGUCCAUGACAAUGACUUUGAGCCAUACCUCACUGGUCAAUCAACCCAGAACAACAGCUACCAGUCCAUCACCGACCCCUACCUGUCCAGCUACUACGCCCCUUCCAUCGGAUUUCCGUACCCACUCAGUGAGGCUCCCUGGUCGACAGGUGGAGACCCCCCUAUUCCAUACCUCACCCCUUACGGACCCUUGAGUAAUGGAGACCAUCAUUUCAUGCCAGACACAGUGUUUGGCCAGCCGGGGAGCUUGGGAAGCAGCAUUUAUCCGCAUAGGUUUAAUUUUUUCCCAGAAAACCCUGCCUUCUCUGCUUGGGGCACAAGUGGCUCCCAGGGCCAGCAGACUCAAAGUUCAGCUUAUGGUGGCAGCUACAGCUAUCCUCCCAGCUCCCUAGGGGGCACCCUGGUGCCUGAUGGUCAGACGGGCUUUCACAGUGACACCCUCAACAAAGCCCCUGGUAUGAACAGCCUGGAGCAGGGUAUGGUUGGUUUGAAGAUCGGAGGGGAUGUCACUGGCCAGGGUUCAGGAGUCAAGGCUGUGGGAUCUGUGAUUGGUGGACCUACAGUGGCAGCCACAGGGAAUGGAGCCACACCUAUUGGAAUGCCCCCACCCAAACCCACCUCUUGGGCUGCUAUAGCAAGCAAACCUGCCAAGCCCCAGCAGCUGAAAACUAAGGUGAAGCCAGGGAUGCCCAAUCCAGGGGGAGCUCUGCCCCCACCACCCAUCAAACACAACAUGAACAUUGGGACCUGGGAUAAGGGCCCAGUGACUAAAGUAGCCACAGCCCCACUGCAGCAGCAGCAGCCUCUUGGCCUGCCUCAUGGAAUGCCACCUCAAGGCCCCAUGCAGCAAGGACCCAUGCAGCCACCCCCUCCACAGUCUUUGGUCCAGCCCCAGAUGCAGCCUAUGGCCUUACAGCCCCCCCAUCACCAGCACCAGCACCAGCACCAUCAGCAUCAGCAUCAGCAUCAGCAUCAGCCACCACCUCAGCCCUACCAGAACCACACCCAGCCCCCACAACCCCAAACCCGCUGGGUUGCCCCACGCAACCGUAACCAAGGCUAUGGGCAAGGUGGCCCUGGCCAGGACGGUAGUGGUGUGAUGGGUGUGGUUGGUGGUGGAAACAGCGGCCUCCAAACUUCUGCCAGCCAGGGACCUGGCGUGGAGUCCCACCCAGUGCUGGAGAAGCUGCGUGCCUCCCACAGCUACAACCCCAAGGACUUUGAAUGGAACCUGAAGAACGGUCGCGUUUUCAUCAUUAAGAGCUACUCCGAGGACGAUAUUCAUCGCUCCAUCAAGUACUCCAUUUGGUGCAGCACGGAGCACGGCAACAAGCGGCUGGACUCAGCCUUCCGGGCCAUGAAUGGUAAAGGCCCUGUGUACCUGCUGUUCAGUGUCAAUGGCAGUGGUCACUUUUGCGGUGUGGCAGAGAUGCGUUCACCAGUGGACUAUGGCACCAGUGCUGGUGUUUGGGCACAGGACAAGUGGAAGGGCAAGUUUGACGUGGACUGGUUGUUUGUUAAGGACGUGCCUAAUAGCCAGCUGCGCCAUAUUCGCCUGGAGAAUAACGACAACAAGCCAGUGACCAACUCCCGUGACACCCAGGAGGUUCCUCUGGAGAAGGCCAAGCAGGUGCUCAAGAUCAUUGCCACCUACAAACACACCACCUCCAUCUUUGAUGACUUUUCCCAUUAUGAGAAAAGGCAGGAAGAAGAGGAGGAGGUGCGCAAGACUUUUGAACCUCCUCAGAUACAGAACCGCUCUCGGUUGGAUCAGGAGCGCCAAAACAGGAAUAAACAAUAGAAGACGUUUAUCCUUGGCUUGAUCAACAGUUACACUAGGACUUUUGAUUUAAGAGACAGAAGAAUAUGAAAAUGCAACCAAGCCCUUCAUUUUUUUCUAUUUAAUCCUGGUGAAUCUCUGCCAUUGUCGAGACUUGUGCUUUUUUUUUUUGCCCCAUGUACCACCCACUUCUUGUGCAGGGAUAACAAGCUGAUUUCAUGUAUUACCUAGCCAUCACCACACUUUAGUUCAGUUUUUUUUAUAUAUAUUUUUUCUUCCCGUUCUUACCAUCUCGUACUCUUCUCUCACCAGACUGGUUUUCUCUCUCUUGCCCCCACCCCCUCCUCUUUCCAAUUGAAUCAGGGUUUGACUGCACCAUGGAGGGAAAAAAAAUCUGCCACUUUAUAUUUCAGUACAAUCAGGAAUGGAUGUGUCCUGCCCCUAUUUGUCCAUUUGGGGGCAACAUUGCCAUGCUUCAGAGGUUUAACUGUGCCAACAGAGUUGGAGGAUCCCAAAGGCAAUGUCGGACUUGGAACUGCGCGAUAAUAAAACUUCAAUGGUUUAUCUAUUUUUCAUUCAGAUUGACAAAAUCUCUAUUUUUUGGCUUACUACUGACAAUUUUCAUUUCAGAAACCUGUUUUCUGGAGCCUUAAUGUUUUUUUUCUAAUUAUUGGUGACUUCUCAAAAGAACUGCUCAAACAGUGACACUGCUGGAGAAAUCAGGGAUAGUGUGAAGUCACACGGGACUUGAAACAUUUCAAAGGAGGAAUUGCAAAGGCCUCUGGGAAAGAAAUAACGGAUGUGUCCUCCACAACCAGGACUCUCACCAUUUAAAUCAAAAAUUGUACUAUUGACAUCCUUCACACCCCUCUGCUUUGCUUUCUUUUUGAUGUUUGUCUUGACGGGGUUUUUGUAUGUGUCAUCAGGAGAUUCUGCUUGUGUACGCAGGCCAGUCUGAGAGAAUUGUCGCAUCCACCAUUUUAAAUUGUUUUAUAAUCAGAAUUAUGUAAUGAUGUAAACUGCUACAUUGAAUGAAUUGUCGCUUUAGCAUUUUUGUUCCACAAAAAAACUGGGGGAGGGUUCACAUAUUUGUCCAUUCACCAUCAUUCUGUCUUAAUCCUGUUUUUUUUUUGUUUUUUCUUUCCUUGAAUUUGGUUUUGCUAAGUCUAUCAUGUUGGUCGUAAUGCUAAGCUUUAACGUAGGAGCCUAUAUAUUCAUGGAGAAAGCCUAAAAAUGUAUAACCUAAAAUUUAAUGUAACCGAUUUACUAUCAAGUAAGAAAAAAAUAAGAAUGAAAUGUGGUUUCUGUGUGUUUUUUGGUUGUUGUUGCAAAAAAAAAAAGUUUGUUCUAGACUGAAACCAUUAUGAUACAGUAAAGUACUUUCAGGUAUGUUAACAGAAAAAAGAUUGGAUAUUAAAAGCAAAACGGUCACUAAUAGACGUGUGUGUGCCCAUGCAUGGCAAGCUGGAAUAUAGUAAGUCUGCUGAAGCGGUUAUCCAACCUGCAGCUUGACUGUAUGGUGAGGGUGGUGAUGAUGAUGUUCAGUUAAUGGCCCUUUUUUUUAAAGGAUAGUCCCCCUGUUUUCGUGUCAUUUCAGGGCGCUCAGAACCAGGAUGCAGAUUAUUUUUUGAGGCCAGCGGGUUCUCUCUCCCUCUCUCUUUAAGGUUUGAAAUUGUUCUCCUUCCAAGGUAACCAUGAUGCAGAGAGGAAUGCUGCUAACA